AUGUCCAUUACAAGACAUGAUGAGGCCCAUGUACGGGCGGAAGAGACGCUUGACGAGCCCCUGAACGCUGCUUCAGAGACAGUAAGGGAUAGACCUUAUGAUAGACCACAUAUAGUGACCAGAGAAUCAAACUUGAACGUCACCAGUCUCGGUCAAGUAAACAACCCUUCAAUCGUUAAUACACAAGCCACCCCCAUCAAUGCAAAUAAGGAGGCAAUGACCCUCCGUAAUCCCGAGAGAAACCUUUGGAGAGUUAUUGCAGUGAGCAUUUGGUCGGCUUGUGGAGGCUUUUCAGAUGCCGCCCCUGGUGCCCUUUUGCCCUCUAUGGAAGCCCACUAUAAUAUCAGCUAUGCAGUGGUUUCGCUUAUUUGGAUGUCAAAUGCCGUGGGGUUUAUAUUGGUUGCCUGCUUCGCCCACAAGAUUACCCCAUGGUUUGGUAAAAGGUGGUCACUCACCUACGGUAUCAUCCUGUCGCUUGACAAGCAGUCCAAGUAUUUGGCUAUCUUUCACGCGAGCUAUGGUGCUGGGGCAACAAUUCUGCCUCUUGCAGCCACAAGUAUGGUUGGGCAUGGAAUGAAGUGGAACUACGUUUACUUGAUUUUGCUUUCUUUGAUGGUGAUCAAUACGUUUAAUACAAAUUUAGCCUUCAAGGGUGCGGAAGAUGACUUGAAACCAUGGGAUCACGAUGAAGAGACGGAAUUAUUGAUUGACAAAACAAGAGCAACGGAGGAAGGAAUAGAGCUUGAGAAUUUCCUGGAGUCUGGCCGUGCUGACAGUGCUGAACGUCGGACCCCACCUAAGACCCAGAACGAUAUGAUUCUUGCCUUGAAGAAUGUCCCUACUUGGUUAAUCGCCCUUUUUGUGUUUUGCUAUCAAGGAUCGGAGGUGUCCAUUGGAGGUUGGAUCGUUACCUACCUCUUGGACUACCGUAAAGUGGGCACCAGUUUUGGUUAUGUGUCGUCUGGUUUUUGGGCAGGUUUGACCAUAGGCCGGCUUCUUUUGACGCGUCCAUUGCAUAAAACGCUUGGUCUCCGCAAAAGCAUUGUGAUUUUAGCUCUUUUGGCCAUUGGUAUGAUUAUUUUAUCGUGGGUUGUGCCGAACAGUAUCGCUGUGGGUGUUUUUGUCGGACUUGGUGGUGUAUUCAUCGGUCCCACUUACCCAUUAAUGAUAACAGCGGUUUCAUUUAUUGUUCCAAGAAGAAUUCAGGUUGUAAGUUUGACCAUAAUGACCGCUUUUGGAUCCAGCGGAGGAGCAAUUCUUCCAUUCAUUACUGGUUUAAUUGCAGAGAGUCAGGGAGCCUACGUUGUGUUACCAAUCUUCAUCGCCACAUAUAGUGUCAUGUUGAUAUUCUGGCUCAUCUUGCCUAAUGUCGAGCGAAAGCCUGAUCAACCAAAUGAUGGAAAGUUGAAGAGAUUCUUGCACAGAAUUUGGUAG